GUCAGGGGUAGAACAAAUAUGGCGGAAAAUCUAAACAAAGUUAUAAACCAACGUCGGAAGAUAGACAAAAAAGUUUGCAAAAGAAAUAAUUCCUCUAUAAAGCCAUUUAAAUGUUCAAAGUGCCCAAGUAUUUCAAAAAGAUGUAACGAAAUUUCUUCAAACUGGAAAGCGUUGUUAAAUACUAUUAGUUCUACCAAAGAGAAAACUGGGAAAGGUUUUAAACGAAAACAAUUUCAUAACCAUAAAAGAAGUUAUCAAGGAAAUAAUUCUUUGGAAAGAAGUGAAGGUGAUAGAGGUGACAUUUGGUUUCAUGACGUCGAUUCCGAAGAAUCUGACAAUUUAUACAAAACAAGGCGGAAAAAACUGUCCAAGUACGAUGAAAAACUCGCUAAACGACAGAAAACCCCUGAUGCUGUGGAAGGACCAAGAAUUACAAAACAUAUAGCCAUGGACUGCGAGUUUGUUGGCGUGGGAAAGAAUGGUGUAGAUCAUAUGCUGGCCAGGGUGUCUGUUGUCAAUAUUGAUGGUGACAUUCUCUACGAUAAGUAUGUGGCGGCGCAAGAACGAGUAGUUGAUUAUAGGACUGCGGUCAGCGGCAUAAGACCAUCAAAUCUAAGAAACGCUGCAAAGUUUGCUGAUGUACAGAAGGAAGUUGCUGAUUUAAUAAAAGAUAGAAUUCUUAUUGGUCAUUCCAUAUACACUGACCUAAAGGUUCUACUGCUCAACCAUCCUAAGAAAAAAAUCAGAGACACGGCAAAGCACAAGCCCUUUCACGAAGUUGUUAAGACAAAGUAUCCUUCUCUGAAAAAGUUGGUCAAAGAAAUUUUGUCUUUGUCUAUUCAAUCUGGUGAACACUCUUCGGUUGAAGACGCUCGCGCUGCAAUGAAUUUAUAUCUUCACAGUCGUAGAGAAUGGGAAAAGCAAAUGAAAAGAAGACCUACAAAGAAACAUGGUUGACGGUUUAGAGUGUUUAUGACACCGAAUUUUACUAAAGAAUUUUCUUAUUACAAUGUAAAUAUAAUUUAAAAUGACUUAACAAAUCCUUCAAUAGAAUUGUGAAUCUUAUGUCUUUUUAAAGGCAUUCUACUUUUUUACCAUGCAAAUUAUAUCGUUAUGACAUCAAAUUAUUAAUUUAGCAUUGGAAAAUAGUUUAUUUGUCGAUAGUCAGCAGUUAAACCUUUCAACCCUUUGCAAAUGAAUUCAUCCUUAAGGUUAUUUUUUGAAAUACUGUAUUUGUGCAUAAUAUGGUCAAACGAUGUGGAAAAAUUGAUGAUCUUUACGAUGUGGAGAAUUGAUGUCAUAACGAUGUUGUUAUGCAUAAUGAAUAUCAAAUGUCUCUUGAUAAAGGAACUGAAAGAAGCCAAUUCUACUGAAGAGUUUAUAAAGUGAUUUAUAUGUUCUUUCCACUACAACAGAAUAAUCGUGAUAAAAUUUUGUGUCAUAAACUCUUUAAAUAACUCUGACCUACUGAUUGACAUUUGUCCAUCCUGCUUAUUUUUGUAAAUGUCCAGUGAGGUAUCAUUUUGUAUGCAUUCAUUAAUUCGAGAAUUCUAUAUGAGUUUGUUUUGUUAAAAACUUUCAGUCUGAGGAUUCGACAAUUGAGAUUGAGUAUAGAGCUCAUAAUGUUGUUUAUACGCAAGUAAGAUUUCAAGGAAACGUAAAUCAUUAGCAAAGCAAGAUGUGUUGAAUUUCAAUUAAAAAAUACCAAUCAUAAAA